CUUUCAGUAUAAAACAAGUAAAGAAACAGAGCAAAACCUUUCAGUCUAAAACAAAUAAAGAAACAGAGCAAAAGAACGAAGCUACAAAAGACAAAAAUCUCAUUAUGCAUUGUUAGAACUGAUGGAGAAACCAAUAAUAGAACCUACAUAAAAAAUAAAAAAUAAAAAAGUUAAUAAAACUUAUCUCCUCAAAAGAAGAAAAGCAAGAAAGGAAAGAAGAGAAACAGAGAGAUGGAUUUUCUUCUUUCAAAGAUUGAAGUAAUUGUAAGUGGAUUGUUAAUUGGAUUGAUUGGGUUGUGCAGUGUUGUGAGAAGCAUUCCAAACACCAAUGUGUCAACCUUUUUGUGCAACUCCGGGAUCUACACAAAAGGGGAUCCUUUCGCUACUAGUCUAGCUUAUGUUGUUGCAGAAUUAGAGACUGUGACGCCCACUCGCCAAGGUUUUGACUACCACAAUAUUUCUCCUUACCCUAAUGCUUUUGCCUAUGGUCAUGCUGCUUGUAACCAGAACCUUACAAGCUCCGAUUGCAACACCUGUCUUGGUGCCGCCAAAACCGCCAUGUUCGGGACUUGUGACAGUCGGAUCGGGGCUCGAUCUGUGCUCUAUGAUUGUACAAUUAGGUAUGAGCAGUAUCCAUUUGAUGAUUAAAUAUUGUUGGCAUGUUUUUGGGAACUGUGUGAUCUACCUCAAAUUAAUAAUGUGAGCAACCUUAUCCACUUCAGUCUUUCUGUUUCUAUUCUAUCUCGUACUGUUUUCGCCUCACAUCCCUAAUUUAAUUUCUUUCAGAUUUUGCAA